AUGAUAAGAUCUGAUACUUCUGAAUCUGGAACUCCAAGUAGACCUCUAUCAAGAAAUAGAUCAAGAUCAAUAUCAAUAUCAAAAUUAUUAUCAUUCAAUUCAUUGACUGGUACUAAUGAAGAUCAACAUAAAUCAAUACAUGGAUCAACUUCUCAUUCACCAUCAUUAAUUCAAGAUGCUACUAAUUUCAUGAAAUUUAAAGGCCUUUUUAAAUUAUCUUCCACUUCGACGGUUAAUUCAACUAAUACUACACCUAUAAAGCAAAGUGAAUCAUCAUUCUUAACUACUCCAAGAUCUGAUCUGGAUUAUGAUGAUGUUACAGAUUAUAUCCUUGAACUGUCAGACAAUAAUAAUCAUUUACAAUCAUCACCUAAGAAAUCUCCCGUAGGUAGAAAAAGAUCAGUUUCAUCCCCUCCUACAAAGUCACAUAUUCAUUCAAAUUCAAUCUCAAAUCAAACUAUACUUGAACAUGUUAGUUGUGAAUCUCUGAAGAAGAAUCAAACUAACCCUAUUGAAACAUCAGCGUCAUCUACUCAAUUAGGAACCACGGCUAGUUCCAGUAAAAAUACCAAUAAUAGUUCUAAUACUACAUCAUCAAAAGAAUCACCAGUCGUGAAUUCAAAUUUAUAUUUUGCAUAUCAAGGUUUACCUCCUCAUCAAACUUCAAAUAAUCAACAUCAUCAUUUACAAGUCAAUGAUGAAUCUAUAACUACUCAUGGUGAUGUUUCUAUAUCGUUAAGGCAUAAUGAUUCUGUCUUUUCGUUAACUGAUUCCGGGAUUUUAAAGCCUCCUUCAAAAGCUCACCAUAAAGUUGAAGAAUCACCCAUCUCAACUCCAAAAUUAACUCCCGUAUCAGAUAGUCAUCAUGAAGAAGAUGAAGAUCGACAAUCAGAAGAUUUGAGUGGUAAUGAGGUUGGCAUCCCUAAAAUUCCGCUCGUGGUAAGUAAAGCUCUUGAUUUAGAAACUCCAUCUCCUCAAAAAGAACCUAAGAUUCUUGAUCAAUCCAAUACUUCCACCAGUAUUGUUGCAUCAUCAUCAUCAAAUAGUACAUCAUCUUUCCUGAGAACUUUAAGAAGAGUCGCGUCAGCUCCAUUAGUUCAUCGUCUAUUGAGUGAUUCAGGAAAAUCUUCUCCUGAACCAGGUAAAUUAUCAGGUAAUGAUCAAUUAAAAGCUAGCAAGGAAGAAGAAUUUGAUUUAAAUAAACAUAUUGGUGAAUUAAAUAAUUUCCAAGGUAAUAGGCCAAGAACUUAUACUCAAGAAAGAAUGUAUUCAACUGCCUCUACAAAGAUUGUUGAUGCUCAAGUUGGACCUGAAUGUUUUGAAAAGAUUAAAUUAUUAGGUAAGGGGGAUGUAGGUAAGGUUUAUCUUGUUAAAGAAAAAUUAUCAAAUAAAUUAUAUGCCAUGAAAAUUCUUUCAAAGAAGGAAAUGAUUGAAAGAAAUAAAAUUAAACGUGCAUUGGCAGAACAAGAAAUCUUGGCUACGUCAAAUCAUCCCUUCAUCGUUACUUUAUAUCAUUCAUUUCAAUCAAAUGAUUAUCUUUAUCUUUGUAUGGAAUAUUGUAUGGGAGGAGAAUUUUUCCGAGCUUUACAAACAAGAGAAACCAAAUCAAUUUCAGAAGAUGAUGCAAAAUUUUAUGCUGCAGAAGUUACGGCUGCUUUGGAAUAUUUACAUUUAAUGGGAUUUAUUUAUCGUGAUUUAAAACCUGAAAAUAUCUUAUUACAUCAAUCAGGUCAUAUUAUGUUAAGUGAUUUUGAUUUAUCAAAACAAAGUGAAAGUACUAAAAAUCCAACUAUUUCAUUUAAUAAAUCUUCAAACCAUACUUUAAGUAGUAUAAAUCCUAAUCAUAAUACCAAUCAUAAUGGUCCUACUAUCGAUACUAAGGCAUGUAUUGAUGGAUUCAGAACCAAUUCAUUUGUGGGAACUGAAGAAUAUAUUGCUCCAGAAGUUAUAAGAGGUAAAGGUCAUACUAGUGCGGUUGAUUGGUGGACUUUAGGUAUAUUUAUUUAUGAAAUGAUUUAUGGUACUACUCCAUUUAAAGGGGCCGAUAGAAAAAAGACAUUUGCCAAUAUUUUAAAGAAAGAUGUUAAAUUUAACGAUUCAUCAUUAACAUCAUCAAAUUGUAAAAGUUUGAUUAAAAAGUUGUUGAUUAAAGAUGAAGUUAAACGUUUAGGAUCAAAAACUGGAGCUUCAGAAAUUAAAAAUCAUAUUUUCUUUAAGAAUACUCAGUGGGCAUUAUUAAGAAACCAACAGCCUCCUAUGAUUCCAGUCUUAACGAAGAAUUCAUCAUCUACUUCAUCAAAGAAAUAUGAAAAAAUAAUUGAUAAUGAAGAAGAUUCAACCACUUUAAACUCUAACUCAACUUCAAAUGGAAACGCUGCCAAAGCAUCCACAACCACAUCGACCAAUAAAACAAAAGUUAUGGAUUCAAAUGAUCCAUUUGCAAAUUUCAGUUCGGUUACCUUACAUUAUGGUAAUGAAUCUCCAGCAGGUAUUGAUAACUCCACUAGUCAAACUGUGGCGGAAGAUACUGCAUUUUCAAGUGUAGCUUAUACAAUGACAAGUAAUAGAAGUCCCAUGAAACAAAAAGGAUUCUUAAAAAGAUAA